UUUAAAAUCUAAUAUAACGUAUAUUAUUUGGAUGAUCAAAUUUAUUCAUUUUAAAGUGGAAACGCAUAAUAAAAUAAAUUCGAGCAUAUCUACUCUCUAAUAGAAAACUGGACAAUAAUGUGUUUGUUGUACCCUCCCAGCUGAUAAAACGCUAUGCAAUAUUUAUACGUAUACAACCGCACAAAAGAUAAGAACCGAAUACGAUUGGAGCAUAGAACUUUUAAAGGGUAAGGAGGGGGACUACGACGUACCAAAAACAAGAUUGCUUAUCAGUGAGAUUAAUUUACCAAUGGAACAGAUGAACAACAAACAGUCACUGCAUCGACAGUGAAAAGAUCAGUCAGUGUUCGCAUUUCAAAAUGGCAUCUAUAGGCAAAAUCGGUUUUCUGGGAGGCGGCAACAUGGCCAAAGCUUUGGCAAAAGGAUUUAUAGCCGCAGGUCUGACCAAACCCAGCGGUAUUAUUGCUAGUGUACAUCCAGCAGACAAGAUCUCCCAGCAAUCCUUUCAAUCGCUGGGUAUUGAAACACUUGUAGAGAACACGCCCAUUGUGGAGAAAUCUGAAAUUGUUUUUGUGUCUGUUAAGCCGCAAGUUGUGCCCAUGGUGCUAGCAGAUAUCAAAGCUGUAAGCGCCAAUAAGCUUUUUCUAUCUGUGGCCAUGGGCAUCACAUUGAAGGCACUCGAGUCCAGUUUAUCCCCGCAGUCGCGUGUAAUACGCGUCAUGCCCAAUACCCCGGCGCUGGUAUGCUCUGGCUGUUCAGUGUAUGUGCGUGGCAGCCAAGCGACCGAUGCAGAUGCGCAGAUCACCCAGCGACUACUUGAAGCCGUUGGCACUUGCGAGCCCUGCGACGAGUCGCAGCUGGACACAGUCACAGCACUUAGCGGCAGCGGACCCGCUUAUGUGUUUGUCAUGAUCGAAGCCUUGGCUGAUGGCGCUGUCCACAUGGGAAUGCCCAGAGAUUUAGCCUAUCGCUUGGCGGCACAGACUGUGCUGGGUGCCGGUCAUAUGGUACGUGAGUGCGACACACAUCCCGGACAACUGAAAGACAACGUAACCAGUCCAGCUGGUUCAACGGCAGCGGCAUUAAGGCACCUCGAAAAGUCAGGUUUUCGUGCGGCUGUGGCUGGGGCGGUGGAGGCAGCAACGCUGCGCUGCCGGCAGAUUUCGGACAAGCAAACCUAGACAUAACAAAAUAAGUUUUGAAUUUUGUUUUUGUAAUAAUUAAAAAUAACAUCAUUUGCGUUAGCACUUUUCAUACACAA